UACAACCUAUUUAUUGUAACUUCCUCGCUUUGCUCUCGCACUCCCCGGCGAAGUGGGCUAAUCUAUUCACUGCAAUUGCCGUCUUUGAAUUGAUCGGAGUGUACGCGUUGAGUGAUCGUACUUUGCACAAGAGCAUUUGAUCACCAAGUAGUUCCACCGCACGACACGAUGAGCUCUCUAACUUUCCUUUCUCCUCCACGACAGCCAUCAUGUCCUCCCAACCCAUAGCCGGACCUUCUAGUUCGCAAAUGUCUAUAUUCACCCCAAGCUAUAGCCAAUCCAGUAUACCAAACGUACCUGGGCCAACACACACGCCUCCAACCGCCUCAAUGUCCGAGACCCUCCUAGCGCCACUGAAUGACCUUCAAAACCUGGCACAAUAUCUCUUUCUUUCCCUGUCCUCAGCGCAAGCUAGACCUAUCCAACCGCCACCUAUCUCAGCCUUCUUCGCCGUAGAUGGGAAUCUUGCUGCUGCAGUUCAACUAAGUAGGAGACAUCAAGUAAAGCAGCGCAAGAUCGAGAGGCUGAAGAAUGAAGUGCUGGAGCUGGAGGGAAGAUGGAGGGAGAUUGUUGAAAGCCUGGAGAAGGGAAAGAAAGACCUAGAGGAGAUCAUUGUAGAGGGAGACGAGAGAAUGAAGGCAAUCGAGGAAGCGAACGCUAGAUCUGUACCGUACCCAGAGCUUCUAACAUACGCGUCACGAAUAUCUGCUUUCACCUCCGCACCACCAAACAUGCCAGACAUGUCCUUCCCAGGUCAACCUCCCCCGCCGCUGUUCUUCCCGCCAUUCCCAAACGAGGAGAAGAUGCGUCGGGGUCGUAUGAACGAAGAAGAGCCCCUUGGACUUCUGGGCGAGACACACCCCGUCGGGAAGCGUACGUUAUUUUAUACCUUCUGUAUGUGGAAGAGAAUUGAGUCAGGUAUUUUUUUUCUUAUAGCACCAACCGUUUCCCCAACGAAGUCGGUUGGAUUCCCUGGUCCUGGAGCCGGACCAGGUGUCCAUCCGUAUAGGCCUGAUCAUCGUCAAGCUGCCCAAGUGUUUGACCUCGACCUCGACCUCAAUCCCGAUUUGUAGCGGUCGUCACCGUGUCCCGACUUCAUGUAUCGGACUAACCAUGACGCUUCUCUGCUCAGCUCAAUACCUUGAGUAUCAGCUGUGCGGUGCCUCGCUUGCAAUGGACAUGUCGAUGACUUCAUCUAUUCUGUUUCCACAUUUCCUUGCUGGUCACCAGGCAUCGUAAGGGAAUAGUACCACUUACUACGUCGAGGAUGUCUAAAGUCGGUAUAUUCUUCGGAACUCUACAACUUGUCGUGGAUCUAUGUAUACAUGGCUGCAUCUAAACUUCUACGAGGAUAUCCAAGAUCAAUCGCACGGAUUCUUCA